AUGAAGCUGGAGCCAAGCUGCCUUGUACAUGCACUAAACGAACAUAUUCAAGUAAGGAUUCAGGGAAAUAGGCUUUAUGGUAAAAUUAUAUCAACUUCACUUGUUAGAUCACUUGUUAAAUCAUGUGCGCUUGAAACUGAGCAUGAUCUGCUUUUUAUAGAUGAAAAAAAGUUUGCACUUGCCCGUCUUAAAUAUAUUGAGGCAUUGUCAAUUGUAUCUGGUUUGGCUGGGUCUGCGAUAGCUGACCAGGACGAGAUAAACAAACACCAUGGAUUUUGUCUGAUGAAUCUUGGGGCUGCCUGCAUGGCAGAAAACGACUUUGGCGAGGCGGUAAGGGCUCUCAGAGCAAGAAGGACGACGACUUCCACUUCCAAGAAUCAAUGUUCUUAUUUUCCUCGCAGGUGGUUCACCUGA